CUCUGCAACUGCUCCCCUCUUCCUUUCUCACCUCGUCUUCUUCAUCGUCCUCGCCUUCUCGCUGCCGUCGCACCACUGCUCGCCAUGGUGCGCUCGGUGACCUUCGAGAUCCGAUGGCACGACACGCAGCCCAUCUACAGCUGCUCCUUCCAGCCCAUGAAUGCCGGGCAGCUGAGGAGGGUGCUGGAUUACAACACUGGACAAGCCGCUGGCCUCACGCCUGAUCGCACCCUCGAUAGCUCUGGCUCCCCUGCUGGGCCGUCGACGAGGACGAGCCAGCGCAUUGCUGCACCUAUUGAUGUCGCCGGUGGACAGAACUGGCGCCUAGCUACUGCGGGUGGUGACAAUAAUGUCCGGAUCUGGCUGGUCAAGCCCAGCAUCCCUUCACCCGCAGCAAUGGCCAACGCAGCGGCUGCCGGCCUCCCUUCCACGAGCCCUCAUCCUCCUCGGGUCGAGUACCUCGCAACCCUCACACGCCACUCCGGCGUGGUCAACUGUGUCCGCUUCUCGCCCUCGGGGGACAUGCUCGCAAGUGCAGGUGACGAUGGUACCGUGAUGCUCUGGGGCCUGACGGAUCGCCCAGUUGCCGCAACCUUCGGCGAGCAGCCCGACGACGGCGAGGCCAGCUUCGAAAAGGAGCAUUGGCGCCUCAUCAGGAUGAUUCGAGUCUCUCCACAGGAGAUUUACGAUAUGGCUUGGUCGCCCAACGGCGAGUCGCUCAUUGUUGGAGGGACUGACUUUGUGGCUAGGAUCGUAAACGCGCAUGACGGCUCCGUCACUCGAGAGCUCUCCGACCACACACACUACGUUCAAGGCGUUGCCUGGGACCCGCUCAAUGACUACUUGGCAACACAGAGCAGCGAUCGGUCGGUUCACGUUCACGCGCUCCAUCAUCACCACAGCAAGGCCUCAGGCUCUUCCUCCUCUACCUCGGGGUACGUCCCGCCCGUCACUCGCAAUAGCCGCAUGGAUGUUCAUCGACGCAAUGGUAGCGGGCAGUAUGGCUGGGAGACUGGCAUCAAGCCUCCGAUGCGACGAGGCAGCAGCCACCAUAGUCAUAUGGACAGCAGCGAUGCCGAGGCAGACGGGGGCAGCUCCGCAGUAGUAUCAGGCCACGCAGCGGGCGAAGCCAGCGGUUCCUCCAGCAAACGACGUGAAGGGAGCUUCACCGCGGUGCGCGGUCGAACCGCCCGCAGCCAUACUCCCAUGGAGCCUCCCGUCAUUAGCACCCCACACCUGACCCAUAACAUCGCUCGCGCCGCCACACCCACUCCUGCUCCCUCGGUACCUCAAAGCCCGGCAUUCAGCACCGCCAGCGUUAGCGCAAGCACAAGCGCUCAUCCGAUGAAUCCACCUCAGAAGACGCCCAGCCGUCGAUCCAGCUUCAGUGGGUCGCAAGUUGACGUGGCCACCUCUCCGCCAACGAGCAUCGCCUCCUUGGCGCACCAUGCAGGUGUCGGACACUCGGGAUCGGCAGCUUCGAUCUACAAGGCCGCCGUCGCUGCUGCUGGACAUGACUCCUCCUCGACUUCAGCAACUGCGACGCCGGGCCCCGGCUCACACGCAAUGGUCCCCGCCCCCUCCUCAUCAUCACGUCGCUCCGCCUCACGUCCACGAAGUAUCCGUUCCCCCUCUCCCGCGCCUCUGCCUGCCAUUCGCCCCCCGCCUUCCCCUCGUCAACGUAUCCAGGCAGCACAACAACUGGCUAGCAGCUCCAACGGCCUAGGCGGUACUGGAGGAGGAGGAUCGCUCCUCCAAACAGGGAUGCGCCUCUACGGCGACGAGACGUUCAGUGGCUUUUUCCGCCGACUCAGCUUCAGUCCCGAUGGGGCAUUGCUUGUUACGCCGAGCGGUAUCUUCGAAGCCCCUUCGCCUGCGAGCCCGCUGGCACCUUCGCCUGGCAAAUCGCCCGUGGGCUCUUCUUCCCAGUCCCAAACCGCCUCGCAGCAGCAGCAGCAGCAGCAACAAGGCCCGCGAAGCACCGUCUAUCUCUACGGACGCGCCAAUCUCAUGCGCAGCAAUGCACCCCUCGCGCAUCUGCCUGGGCACAAGACUGCCACGCUGGUGGUACGCUUCUCACCCAUCCUGUACGAACUGCGUCGCUCCAACAUCUCGGCAUUUGCCCGCGCGGAGGAUGGAGGAGGCAUUGCGCCUCAUCCCAACAUCCCUCUGGAGGCGGGAAAGCAGAAGAGUGUGAAUCUGAAUUUGGAUGCGGCCGAGGACGCAGCGGCAGGGGCUGCGGAGAGCGCCAGUAGCAGCAGGAACACCAGCGGCAGCUCGAGCACUACACGACCCACGCGCACAGCAGCUCAAGCCGCCAAUUCCUCCUCGCAACCUCCCUCCACCCCUUCAUCCCAGCCCCUCGGGCCCCCACCUCCAAGCAUGAUCGGACUCCCCUACCGAAUGGUCUUCGCCGUCGCGACGCACGACGUCGUCUGGAUCUACGACACGCAGCAGGGUGGUCCGCUCUGCUGUUUCAGUAACAUGCAUUACGCUGCUUUCACAGACUUGAGCUGGAGUCCAGACGGGCAAACACUGGUCAUGGCAAGCAGUGAUGGGUAUUGCUCUGUGGCUGUGUUCGAGUAUGGGGAGCUGGGACGAGUCUACUCGUACGGAGGACAACCUAGCCUCACGGCGGCGGGCGCCAGUGCGGGGAGUUCGUCAGCGGCUAGUGGGAGUAGCGGUUCCACCGUCACGACGUUGCAGACGAAGAAGCGACCAGCACCACCUCAGUCUCUCACGGCCACGCCUGUCGCCUCGGGAUCAGGAUCGGCAGGAGUAGGAGCGGACGCCGCACCUGCCACGCCCUCUUCGUCAGCCUCGAUCAUAUCCUCGUCGCCCGCUUUGGGCAUCACGGGUCUUUCGGCAACGAAGGAAGCAACGGUAGCGCCUGUCCCGGCAAGCAACGCCUCAUCGGACGUGGAGAGCAAGCCCAGCGUCGAAGAGAAGAUAGCACCCGCAGCAUCGGGAGCAAGUGGCGAAAGCGCUCCGGACGCGUCGAAGAAGAAGCGAAGGAUCCAGCCCACCUUGCUACCUCCCUCGUAAGUACUUCAACAACACACAUCAGAUGGAUCAAGGGGUACUGCUUUCAUUUCACUCUGGCGCCCUCUGUCAUGGCUUCUCACGCCGCAUUGCCUCGUCUUCAUCCUUGUUCCUGGUACGAUCCG